AUGCCGAUGGCCAAGGAGUUGAUAAAAAGGGGACACACCGUCACUAUGGUCUGCCCAAACCCGGAAAAGAGGGAUGAUAGUGUGGCCACUGACGCCCCUCUGCUAGAUUUUAUCAACACCUCAAUAGAGUCGAACAAGGCGGCUCUAUCCCAUCCAGACUUCCAAACUUUGUUAUCUGACGCAAGCAUAGUAGUUGAUGUUGUGAUGACAAUACCUAUGAUGGGAAAUGAAGCUGCCUAUUAUGUAUCAACGAAGAAGAAUGCUUCUUUAGUUCUAUACACAACCAUUCCUUAUAUUCUUCCUUGGAUUGCAAAUGCUGUAGGUAAUCCUGUUCAUCCAGCAUACAUGCCACUACCGUUCUUUCCUUUUAAACAAAAUAUGAAUUUUCAGGAGAGGUUCAUUAAUAGUUUGGCUUUAUUUGGUAUUAGCCUUGGUAGAACUUACUUUGUUUUACCAAAAAUAGAACAGAUGAUAUUAGAAGUAUUUCCAUCUGAAAAAAAUAUUAAUCUGGGUGAAAUGAUUGAAUCCCCAGCUUUGGUUAUUAAUCUGGGUAGUCCAUUUCUUGGAGAUGGUCUUAGACCAGUUCUUUCAAAUACCAUUCAGGCAGGGCUUAUGAGCUGUUCUCCAGGUAAACUUCUAGAGGGAGAGUUAAAGGAUUGGGUAGAGGGAGCCGAACACGGAGUUAUCUAUCUAUCCUUCGGUUCUGUUGUGAGGGCAUCUAAGAUGCCAGAAUCCAAGCGUCAUCUGUUUAUGUCUGUGUUGGGUAAACUGAAGCAGAGAGUGAUCUGGAAAUGGGAGAAGUCUAUGAAGGAUGCCCCUAGUAAUGUCCUUAUCUCCUCUUGGCUUCCACAAACUGAUAUCUUGGCACAUCCUAACGUCAAACUGUUCAUUACCCAUGGUGGAGCAGGAAGUAUACAAGAGACAAUCUGCCAUAAAACUCCAGUUGUAGGAAUCCCAAUAGGAGGAGAUCAGCUAAUUAACUUAGCAGAAGCUAUUACUAAGAACCUUGGUGUGGUCAUCACCUGGCGGGAUGUUACAGAAGAAACACUAAUGAAUGCCAUCAGCAGGGUCUUAGGGGAUCCUAGCUACCAGGAAUCCGUAGAGAAUCUUCAGAACAUGAUUCUAGACCGUCCAAUUCAUCCAUUGGACAAUGCUGUCUGGUGGCUGGAAUAUCUUCUCAGACACCCAAAGAAUUCAGAGAUGAGAAGUCCAGUUCUUGAUCUUUAUUGGUUUCAAUAUUAUCUUCUGGAUGUUUUGGCAGUUCUUGUUUCAGCAAUGUUGAUUGUUGAGCUAGAUAUGAGUCCUUGCCACGCUGGUAUCGGAAUGUCAGCUGAAAGGGUUUGUGAAGCCGUGGGUGGAACCAGAGAUGGAGCAAGAUUGUUAAAUGGGCGGGGAACUAAACGCCCCCAUGCAGACCACGAGUGUACAGAUUCAUGUGAUUGUGAAGAGUUUGGAAUGCCCUUAGCAAAAAAGAUUAAUAAUCUUCAACUUAAAGCUGACCCUAGUCAGGUAAAUCUCAGUUUUCCUUCAAUGGCUGCUGAUCCAUCCCUGCCUCGAGUUCAAGAACAUCAUCACAGAUCUGAUCAUGAUGGAGGAGGAGGAGGAGGGGAGCAACAGGCUGGUUUACCCCAGGAGGGAACAAGACAUCAACAGGAGUUUACCUAUCCUUUCCCAUCUAAUUCUCCUUAUUAUUACAGUAAUAAACUUCUUAAGAACCUCUACUACGAUAGGGUUACUCGACACCCGGAUACACUGCAUUAUUCCUCAUAG